GUGGAUGCUGAUGUUCGAGAUGCGAGGUCCGGAUAAGUAUGGCAAGAAAAAUAACACUUACCGGUCGAUACCUGCGUUGCGAAAAGUGGAAAACUUGAUUCGCGAAUUCGUCUGCAUGCAAAUCGUGCACAAUGAGAUGAUGAAGAUCGUGGGACUUGUGAUUUUUGGACUUCAUGCCGCUUUCUCACAACUCUGUCUCUACUGCAAUUUCGUCGUGAUUGAGAACUGGAAUAUUCUACCCAGGACUACAAAGAUGGCGUUGGGAAGCUGGUCCCUCCUCGUCCAAAUAAUCUGGGCCAGCGUGUUGGAACUAUGCGGACAGUUUUGCGCCGACUCGAAGAAGACGCUUUCUUCAUGGAAACUUCUGGAAAAUGUGACCCCUCGGGAGAAAAAGUUGAUGUCCAAGUUUCGGAAGACGUGUCGCCCUUUUAAGUUUGGGCAAGAGGGAAUGUUCACUAUCAAGCGGUUGACCGUACUCAAAUUCCUCCGAGGCAUUGUGAAAGAAACGUUUCGAGCUGUGUUGGCACUGGGAUAAAAUUUUACAAUCUAAAAUUGAAGCCGCUUAAAAUUAAGAUAAUCCACGGUAACAUAAGGUAAAGGUAAAACUUAUUACUAAUAAGUUUUUAUGUGGAAUUUCAUUUUUAGAACAAACACUGGUUAAGGUAGUGCAAAUUUCUUCAGCUUUAAUAAAAUCUGUGCAUGAGUAGAAUUUAUUUGUGCCACCGUAGUUAAGUGAGGGUUUAUAUUAUGAGAAAAAGUAUAAUACAAUUCAAUUUUAACGGAGUUUCAACGCUGAACGCAAGUAUGACACCCCUUUAGGCAAACGAUAACUAUGUAUGUAUCUAAGUGAUCGGUCGCACGAGGUCAAACGUCAUAAACGUAG